AUGUCGGUAAAACCAGCCGUGGGCAGUUAUGGACUGAUGAAAAGUUAUCAUGGUGUGAGAAAAAGUAUUCUUAAAAGAUACACUUUGAAUAACCUACCUGUGGAAGGCAGAGAAGAAGACAAAUCCCAAAUCGGUGUGAAUAAAGCCAGCAAAGGAGGACUUAUCUACGGGAACUACCUACAGUUGGAAAAGAUUUUGAACGCGCAGGAACUUCAGAGUGAAAUCAAAGGAAACAAAAUCCACGAUGAACAUCUUUUCAUCAUAACACAUCAAGCUUAUGAACUCUGGUUUAAACAAAUCCUCUGGGAAUUAGACUCUGUUCGAGAAAUUUUUCAGAAUGGUCACGUCAGAGACGAGAGGAAUAUGCUGAAAGUUGUUACUAGGAUGCACCGUGUGUCCGUGAUCCUUAAAUUAUUGGUGCAGCAGUUUUCCGUCCUGGAAACGAUGACAGCGUUGGACUUCAAUGACUUCAGGGAGUAUCUGUCUCCAGCAUCAGGAUUCCAGAGUUUGCAGUUCCGACUCCUGGAGAACAAGAUAGGUGUUCUUCAGAACAUGAGAGUCCCUUACAACAGAAGACAUUAUCGUGAUAACUUCAAAGGAGAAGACAACGAGCUGCUACUUCAAUCUGAGCAGGGCAAGACGCUUCUGCAACUUGUAGAGGCAUGGCUGGAAAGAACACCAGGUCUAGAACCACAUGGAUUUGAUUUCUGGGGAAAGCUUGAAAAAAAUAUUGUCAAAGGCCUAGAUGAAGAAUUCAUAAAGCUGCAGGCCUUGGAAGAGUCAGAGGAAAAAGAGGAUGUGAUGGCCGAAUUUCAGAAACAAAAAGAGGUGUUACUGUCCUUGUUUGAUGAGAAACGCCAUGAAUAUCUCCUUGGUAAAGGUGAAAGGCGGUUGUCUUACAGAGCAUUGCAGGGAGCGUUGAUGAUAUAUUUUUACAGGGAGGAGCCCAGGUUCCAGGUCCCUUUCCAGCUGCUGAAUUCUCUCAUGGACAUAGACACACUCAUGACCAAAUGGAGGUAUAACCACGUGUGCAUGGUGCACAGGAUGCUGGGCAGUAAGGCUGGCACCGGAGGGUCCUCAGGUUAUCAGUACCUGCGCUCCACUGUGAGUGACAGGUACAAGGUGUUUGUAGAUUUAUUUAAUCUUUCAACGUAUCUGGUUCCUCGGCCCUGGAUACCGAAGAUGAAUCCAAUCAUUCACAAAUUCCUUUAUACGGCUGAAUACUGUGACAGCUCCUACUUCAGCAGUGAUGAGUCAGAUUAAAUCCACC